AUGAACAACAGUAGUAGUUUUCUGUUUCCCAGUGAUAAUCAGCAAAACUGUGGUGGUUUAGCUCGAUAUCGUUCAGCUCCCAGUUCAAUUUUAGCUACCCUUUUGGAUUCUGGUAAUGAAAAUGGUGAAGAAUCUGAGGCAAUAUACUCUAAUUUGUUGAAUCAAAGGGGGGCUAUGCCUAUGAAGCAAGAAAUUGAUGUUUCAAUGGAGCAACACAAUGGGUCUUAUUCUGUAGGAAUGGAGAAUGUGAGGAUGAAAAAUUGUGGGAAUCUUGCCAGCCAAACUAGUUCCCCACCUGGAUUUUUCCAUGGUUUGGGUGUAAUGGGAGAAGUGGGAAACUACAGAAUAUGUAAUCAUGCAGAAGCCAGUUCACCCACGAAUGGUUUGAAGAAUCAAGUUGAUUACUCGUCUGGUACGGCUUCCAGCACUAGGUUCAUGCCUAGCAUUCCCGAAAAUGGGAACGAAAACAUAAACAUAGGCACACGUAGAGUUGAGAAUGGAAAUGGAAAUAAUUGCAGAGAGUAUGACUCUGCCUUGCUAGAAGACUCUUGGAAUGUUUCACCCUUCAACAGCAUGAAAAGAUACCGAGAUGGUGAUCCAAAAAUGUUCUCUAAUUUUAAUGGAAUAAUGGGAAAUGAGAACGGGGAAACUAGAAACACUGCUAUGCAUUUAACUCACCAUUUGAGCUUGCCGAAAAUCCCUUCCGAAAUAGAUUCGGCGGAAAAAUUUCUACAAGACACCAUCCCCUGUCAAAUCCGGGCUAAAAGAGGUUGUGCCACUCAUCCCCGAAGUAUUGCAGAGAGGGUGAGACGAACUCGGAUUAGUGAAAGAAUGAAGAAGCUGCAAGAGCUCUGCCCAAAUAUGGACAAGCAAACGAACACGGCCGAUAUGUUAGAUUUGGCAGUUGAGUACAUUAAAGAGCUUCAAGAACAAGCCAAGACACUCACGGACAAGAGGGCAAAGUGCAGAUGUUGA